CUCACUUCUGUUUGUGUGUAUAUGUAUAAAUAAAGGGAACUGCCAUCUGCUUUCAGACAUUUAAGCAUCAAGGUAAACCGGACAAGAAACUCAGAUCAUUAAGAUGGAUCUGCUGUGGAGUUUGCUUUCUAUUACAUGUUUAUUCCUACAACUUGAAGGAUGCACCAGGGUGAUCAAACCUAACACUGUCGUUGUGGAUGUUGACAUGACACUCAACACACCCAGCCCAUGCAGAAACGUGAAGCUCCAGUGUGGGGAACAUGGCCCCAGUGUGUACUGGCAGAGGAAGAAACAGAAGAUAGGAAAGGGGAGUGAGCUAACCAUUCACGUGGAUGAGUUCCUAGAUGCGGGUAAUUUCACCUGUCACAAUGACAAUGGGGAUAUUAUCAACCACACCCUCGUGUUAAUUCAAGUGACAAAAAACAACAGAGGAGAGUAUCCCAAACAAAUACUUCAAGAAAUCUCUGAUCAAAUAUAUAUUAAAUGUGAAACAAAAAACUAUUCUGGUGUAUUUGAGUGCUCGUGGAAUCUAAAUAUGAAUCCCAACAUUUCAGUUGAAGCUCAUCGGUCAAACUCCAGCAUCUCCUGCACUGUUCAUGAUCAGGACAAAUCCAGGGCUGUCUGUCAUGAAUUGACAUAUUGCCCAUUCCAAGAAGAGCUGGAGAAAGUGGGAUUUAAUUUGUAUGCAAUCGAUGGGUCGCGCUUUGAAAACUACUCCAGUGAGUUCUUCCUUGCAGACAUUGUGAAACCAGAGAAGGUACAAAUUCACAAGAAAGAUGAGGGAGACAAAAAGGUUGUCGUGUCCUGGGAAUACCCCCAGUCCUGGGAUCACCCGCAUUCCUACUUCCCUUUGACGUUUGAAGUUAAAGCCCUGAAAAACAAACAUAACUGCGACCAUGAAGUGCGUUCGGACCCGCGCACACCUAAUCACAAGGUGCCACACAAGGGCUCCUAUCAUUUCUUCACUGAAGAGACCAGCCUGCAGCUCAACCAUAGCACCAAGAAGUAUGUUUUCUGUGUAAGAGCAAAAGACAUGUACUGCAACUCUCCCUGGAGUGAAUGGAGCGCAAUGUAUGUAUAAUCCAGGCUUUGAUAUAGCAUUUGCACUAUAUGUGCUGUAAAAUAUGCAUGUGCGGGAUGAUUAUGGUGUGUGAUAGU